AUGCGCCAUCCCCACCUUCGGUGUCAUGACACUUGGCAAAGCCGGGGUCGAAGCAGGCGGGUAUCGAAUCUCAGCGACGUGAACAAUAUUCUAGAUGCAUUCCAGUCGCGCGGCUGCGACGAAAUUGACACUGCCCGUAUUUACGGUGGCGGUUCGGCUGAGGAGACUCAUGGACACCAAUUAUACCCCCAAAAGGGUAAGAAUAUGCCAGUGGAUACCACCAUAUACUCAGAUCACCCCGGAAAUGUGAGACGGGAUCAUUUUGAUAGUCUCAAGGUCCUGAACACUAGUAACCUGGAUCGAACUAUGCCUUUUGAUGCCCUACGCGAAGUGAGCAUCUUAUACAAGGGGGGGUAUUUUAACAUCUUCAGAAUCAGGAAUUAUAUAUUGAGGGAUCAGCCAUCUGCGAGUUCUGCGAGCGCCACGGCAAGUGGCUUCCUUACGUCAAGGUACCAGCGCGAUAUCAAAGAGGACGAGUACGAGAGUGGCUCACGGUUCGAUCCGAAGCGGUGGCAAGGCAAGCUGGAUCAGGGACGCUACUUGAAUAGCUUCCGCACUGGUGUUCUGGACAUCUGUAGGCCCGUCACUAGGAAGCAUGGCUUAACUAAGGCCAAGUUUACAGCUAUCAGCGCGAAGAGUGCGAAGCAGUUAGAGCAGAAUCUCGGGGAUCUGGAAAAGGUACCGGCGCUGGAUGGCAUAUUAGAGGCUCCGGGAGCUGCAUGGUUCCAUGUCAAGGGUAUCGUUCUGAAGUACUUCCAUUAG